CACCAGCUCAUCAGCUGAUAUUAACCUAAAAUUUUUUAAACAUCUUAUUUGUCGUGAUUCUUUUAAUCAGUUUUAGCGUUCAUCUUGUAUCUCUGGCGUUAAGGUUUCCACAAAUGAUUUGGCAAUUGUGAUCGGAUACAUUCCCUAAUUUAUGUGUUUAAUAGUCUAUUGGUAGUGAUUAUGCUAACAAAUACAACCUCAGAAUUGGUUUUAUUACAUGUUGCCUUUUUCAUUAGUCUAUUUAAAUGUGUAACGUUAGGACCAAACAAUCUACACAUGCUUGAUGGUGCAACAACUGCAGAAAUAAUUGGCGGUGAUAUAUUUUUCGAAAUUAUAGAUCCGGUUGAAUUGGAAUAUACAUAUCGAAUUAGACCAGCGAAAGAUUUUGGUGCUCCAUUUAAUGCAUCGUUUAAUGCUCAAAAUGUAUUUCUUGUACCUGUACAACCGAUGUUUUGUUGUGACACACCUGAUAAUGUUCACAUUAUUAAAGGCAACGUGGCCUUAAUCGAAAGAGGAGAAUGUUCUUUUAAAGUAAAAACUAUUGUGGCAGAAAAGGCGGGCGCUAAAGCUGUUAUAAUAACUGAUAUACGUAAAACUGUUGAAGAUUACUACAUUGAAAUGAUAGAUGAUGAUUCUGUAGAAGAGGCUCAUAUUCCGGCUGGAUUUUUAAUGGGAAAAAAUGGUUUAAUCAUUAGGAAAACAUUAGAGAAACUCCAACAAAAUUACGCCACAAUUAACUUGCCAAUAAAUUUAACGUAUACACCGGUACAUGAAAUUAACCAACCCCCUUGGUUGGAGUGGUGAUAGAUAAUUGUAGUAAUUAAACUAGCAAUAGCUGUCAUUUCUAGUCAAGAAGGCAAUAAGCGGUAUUUAUUGUAACGUAAUUUAUGAUUGUUAAGUAAUUUAUAUGUUAUAUUUUGAAUUAUAAAUAAUAGUAUAUUAAGUAUGGAGAACGGUAAGGGAUUUUUACCGUUCGAAGACAAUUGUUUGGAGGAGGAGCAAAGCGACGACUCCAAUUAUUGU